CCCCGUCACGUGACGCGCCGCCCCUCUCCGCACGCCCCCGCUCGCCAUUGGCUCCGCCCCACGUCACGUGGCUCCACGCUUCCGCUUCCGGCUGCAGCUGAGCCACGAGCGGGAGGGAGAUGGGGCGGCCGAAGCCCGUGAGCUUUGCGGAGGUGGCCGUGUAUUUCAGCAGGGAGGAGUGGGCGCUGCUGGAGCCUGCGCAGCGAGCGCUCUACCGGGACGUGAUGCUGGAGACGUACGAGUGCGUGGCCUCGCUGGCUCCACUUCCAGCCCCCAAGCCCGUGGUGAUCUCCCAGCUGGAAGGAGGGGAAGAGCCCUGGAUCCCAGCUGUGCACAGCCCAGAGGUCGUGGCAGAAGACGUUUGCCCAGCAGGAGGUGGGAUCACAAAUAGAAAGGAGGAUCUGCAGAGCAGUGGUGUGGCUGAAAAGCAUUGGGGUAGUGGCUCUGUGGAAGAAAUGCGAAGGGAUGUCCGAGGGGGCCUGAAGCAAGGAGAGCACUUGAAGAAGGCACUGGGAAACCAUCCAGGAAAGAGAGUGAGGAACGCGCUGGGCUGCAGCACAGGUCAGGAGCAGCUGGAAGACCUAAGGAGCAAGGAAGAGUGCCAGAAGAAAAGGCAGAAUCGAUGUGAUGAGUCUGGUAAAUGCUUUAAGAGGUAUUCCAGCCGUGUUAACCAUGAACGUAUUCGGCCUGGGGAGAGACUAUGCAAGUGUUGUGAUUGUGCAAAGAGCUUCCGAAGGAGUUCUGACCUCAUUGUCCAUCAGCGCAUGCACAGAGGAGAGAACUGCUUUAAGUGCCCUGAGUGUGGGAAGGGCUUCAGUAGGAGUUCCAGCCUCAUCCUCCACCAGCGCAUCCACACAGGAGAGAGACCCUACAAGUGCCCUGAGUGUGGGAAGAGCUUCAAGAGGAGUACUCAUCUCAUCAUCCACCAGCGCAUCCACACAGGAGAGAGACCCUACACGUGCCCUGAGUGUGGGAAGGGCUUCAAAACCAGUUCUGAACUCAAUGUCCACCAGCGCAUCCACAAAGAAGAGAGACCCUUCAAGUGCCCUGAGUGUGGGAAGGGCUACAAACGCAGUGCAGAACUCAUCUGCCACCAGCGCAUCCACACAGGAGAGAGACCCUACAAGUGCCCUGAGUGUGGAAAGGGCUUCAAAAGCAGUACUGAACUCAUCCGCCACCAGCGCAUCCACACGGGAGAGAGACCCUACAAGUGUCCUAAGUGUGCAAAGUGCUUCAAACGCAGUAGUGAACUCACAGACCACCAGCGCGUCCACAAUGGAGGGAGACCCUACAAGUGCCCUGAGUGUGGGAAGGGCUUCAAAAGCAAUUCUUCUCUCUGCUCCCACAAGCACAUCCACACAGGAGACACAUUGUAGCAGUGCCCUGAAUUUGUGAGAAGCUUCACAAGCACUUCCAGCCUCGUUACCUACCUGCACAUGCACCCAGGACACAGAGCCUGCAAGUGCUCCCAACAGCAUGCACCUUUCCCUGACAGGUGAAUGCGUGGUUUCAUCGAACGGACUCAUGGUGUAGAGAGCAGGCAGCACCUGCUGUAAAGAAUACGUGUCCCAGUGGGCGUUCACUUGAGGAUAGCACCGUGAGCCCAGCAGGGAAUAGUGCAUGUGAGUGAGAGCCGAGAAAUAUCAACUCUGGCCAUGUUCAGGCACCUGACAUAGGUUGUAGGGCAGACGCAAUCCCUCCAAUUCCCUUCCUUAUUCUGGAUGUAUCUGAAGAAAUUCUACUUCCAGUUUCCUCUCUUUUGCUUCCUCUCUUUCUCCACUGCCUGUAGAAUGGCUUCUUGGUGGCUUUUGGAAUCAAUGCUGAAUUACCGUGAGCACAGCGGUAAGAGGACGGACGUGCUGUUUCUCCCGAGGAACAAAAUGUGGGUACCCUGACAACCAGCUGCUGCCCUUGGUAACAAAAAGCGUGCUAUGGAGAGGAUAAAAACCCAAAGAGUUCUAAGGAAGAGCGGGUACCCCCUCCUCUGAACUGCAGUCGUGCAGGUCAACGAGACGUCACUGAGCAACUUGCUGCCUCCUACGGACCGACGAGACGUCGCUGGAUCCCUGGUGCUGACUAUCCCCUCUCUGUAAACCCUUUGCUAGAAUUUCUCUCUUUACUAUCACCAGCUUCCCCGUCUCCCCCAUCUCCCUUAGUUGCUUAGAACUUGCAAUAAAUCAGUUGGACAACACUG